AUGCAAAAUAAACUCAAUAUUAAAGCCACCACAUUAAUGGCCAUAAGUGAUACACGUUGGGUAUGUAGAAUACAGAACUGUGAUGCAGUUUAUAACAAUUUUGAAGUACUUAUUGAAGUUUUAAAUGAUGAAGUAAAUUUAAACAAAGACAUGGAUGUAGCUCAGGCUAUAGGCUUAUUAAGUUCUAUUCAAAAAGCAUCAUUUAUAAUUUAUUUAAUUAUACUCCAGGAUGUACUUAAAGUUAUAAAUAUUCUGAGUAACCAGUUACAAAAAAAAACUUUCACAUUAGGUGAAGCUAGCUUUAAUUCUAAGCGUAAAAGAAAAGAAAGCACAUAUUUAAGAGAUUAUUGUACCUCUACUACUAUUGGGAAUGAAUACUCAGAAUUUGAAGAGUCUUCUUUAAAUAUAUCGAAUGAAGAAAACUGGAAAAUAAAUGCAUAUUAUAGAAUUCUGGAUGCAAUUAUUACCAAUAUGAAAACUAGAUUUUCAUCUGAAAGCUUACAUUUAGCAUCAUCUGUUGACAGUUUUUUUAAAUUACAAUUCAAAGAAAGUUUACCAUUCAUACAACAUUAUGAGAAAUUGUUGGGUAUUAAUAUUGAAUCGUUAGAAGCUGAAAUGACUGUAAUUAAAAAUAGUAUUCAAAAUUCUGAUUUUACUCUUAAUGAUGUGUUACAAAAAAUAGACCAGAACGUUUUUGCCAAUUUAUAUAAACUCAUGCAAGUUGCUUUAACUCUGCCCAUCAGCUCUGCUUCUUGUGAACGUUCAUUCUCUGUUAUGCGGAGAAUAAAAACAUGGAUCAGAUCUAGUAUGAACCAGGAUAGAUUUACAGAUAUGUCAAUUUUACAUAUUGAAAGAGAUAUUUCAAAUAUUAUCGAGUCAGAAAACAUUUUAAAUAACUUUGCUUUGAAGAAUAGGCGUAUAGAUUUGUAA